AACCAAACCAGAACAAGGGACAUCGUAAACGAGCUCUUAGGAGCGGAAACUUUUCUUGUGUGUGAGGACCCCGCCAUUCAACAGUCAGGAUGGCUCGGGAUAUGUCAGAUAAAGAAAUCCUGAAAAUGGAGUUGGACCAAUUGAAGAAGGAAGUCAGCACAGCCCGUACACCUGUGCUUGCAAACUGCGCCGAAACCAUUGCUUUUGUGGAGAACCUGGCUCCCAAUGACAUGCUGAUCAAGGGAGUCCCAGACGACAAGAACCCGUACAAGGGAGACAAGGGAGGCUGUGUAGUAACAUAACAAAUGUAUAUAUCCAACAGGCAAAAAAACAUCAUGAUAUUUUUUAUGACACCUGGAUACAAACUUAGACUAACUGUGAAUGCAUGGGUAAUA